UUGUAGAAAGAAGUCUUGGGAGAAGUGAAAAGGUACUUAUUCACACUAAUACAUCGCAUUUGGUGAAAAUGUAUCCAGAUAAAAUGAAGUGGAUGAUUGCUGGUGGGAUUCUGAUCCUCUGCAUGGUUUUUACAGAAGUUCGGUCCUGUUCUUCUGCGACGGACUGUAAAGCAGAUGAAUGCUGUUUAGUCCCGUCUGCUAAAGCCAACAGUGGUUCAUGCAGGAAGCGUGCUACCUACAGAAAACCGUGCAUUCAUCCGGAUAAACAGAGGGGAGGGAAAUACUUUCGUUUCUGUCCUUGUGGCGAAGGAUUAACUUGCAGAAUGUCAGAAAAACUGGAAGCAAAAUAUGCGGACAUUGAUGUUUUCUUUUUCAUGAAUAAGUGCUAUAAAACUGGACCAGCAGGAGCUACCAAAGAAAUUGUCAUCAAAGAAGAGAAGAUACCCGGUGGAGAAAUUAUCGAAGAAGAUAUUGAAGAUCGAUAAAAACACACACGUUUUUAUCAGUUUGAAAUAGCAUCUUAUUUAAUUUUAUAGCAGCAUUUGUGUCUUAUUAUAUUCCUUCAAAAUCUAUAAACAAUAUAGAAAUUAGCAAAUAAAGUUUAUUUCUAGUUUGGCUUCAAAAUAAAUACUUAA